GACCCGCCCAGGAAGUGGCAGAAGGGCAGAAACGGAGAGAGCGGCGAGUAACGACGCAUUGAGCUGAGACAGAAGCUCUCCCCCGCGUAUCUGAAAGUCUAGAAAUGCUUACAUUUGACCUGGAACAUUUCAUUCGCUUUUAGCGGGACAAAGUCGCCCUUUUCUCCGAGAGUGCGGCCAAUGUUGUUCUGGGAAGGUUGCGGAUUUUUCGGUGGAGUUAAAAUGUGGAUAAAUGGCGGGGUUUUAUCUGAAUUUGCGUAACGUGAGCGACACAGUAAGGUGCUUUCUGCACGACAGCGUUAGCUGGGACGAGAUAGAAAGUUUUUCUUGUGAGGAUUAAACAUAUUUCUGUCUUUAUUUUAUCUUUCUGGAUCCUGUUACCAUGACGCCUGACCUCUUGAACUUCAAAAAGGGAUGGAUGUCAAAACUAGACAACUUUGGAGAGUGGAAGAAGCACUGGUUUGUUUUGACAGAUGCUGGAAUGAAAUAUUACAGAGACUCAACUGCGGAGGAGAAAGAUGACUUGGAUGGAGAGAUUGACCUGAAAUCUUGUCUGAAUGUGUCUGAGUUCGAUGUGGAGAAGAACUAUGGGUUUCAGAUCCAGACACGGGAGGCUGUUUUCACACUGUCUGCCAUGACAGCUGGGAUCAGGCGAAACUGGAUAGAGGUUUUAAAGAAGUCUAUCCAGCCCAGCAGCUCUCCUGACCUCACGCAAUUACCUGACAACAACAGCGACAAAGAAAACUCUCAUAAACGUUUUUUGCCAUCUUCCCGUCACCCAUCAUCACGUCAUGUCGACUCCCAGCCAGAGGCUCCGCGCUCGGCACAUCCUGCUGAACGAAAGUUCGACUAUGUAGAACUCUCUCCUGUUCCCACCUCCUCUGGCCCUCUCCCGUCCAGUCAGAGAGAAGCAGGAGAGGGGCAGGGGCGAGAGCAUAGCCAAUGGCAGGAGGAGAGGAGCAUGAGCAGCCAGUGGGAAGCCAUCCUGUCCCGGAAGGGCACGGGUGUGGGAUCGAACCAGAGGGUACACCUGGAGGAAGAAAUAGAGAAAAAGUGGUCUGAGUUUGAACGGAUGCCGUUAAAGGACAUGAGCUCCUUAUCAUCGAUGAGACCGCGGACCUCUAGCCAGUCAGCCAACGAGGCGCUGCAGAGGGAGGUGGCGUCACUGAGGCAACAGCUGGACAAAAUACAACAGGGGGGAGGAGGGGGAAGGGGAGAAGGUGUGCGUGGUAACUGCGGUCCUGAGGCACCCUGCAGCCGCAGCCUGGCGGCCAUGGAGCAUGCUCAUAGACAUGCGCUGGAGGAGCUGCAGAGGCAGCAUGGCCGCCGGAUUAAGGAACUGGAGAUGGAGAAGGAGCGGCUGCUGCUGGAGGAGACCCAGGACACGGCACGAGUGAUGGAAGCUUUGAAGAAGAAGCAUAAAGAGGAGCUGGAGAGAGAGGUGGAGAUGUUCAAGAGGCUGAACAGUGGAGCGAUAGACUCGAAGACUCUGCAAGCCCAACAACAGGCUGAAACUCAGGCCUUGCAGAGGGAGCUGGCCGGCCUGUCUGAGCGCUAUUCUCAAAAGUGUCUGGAGCUACACCGAGCUGAGCAGAGAAACACUGAGAGAGAACGGGAAGUCGGCCACAAAGAGAGAGACAUGGAGCAGCUGAAGAAGGAGAACGUGGACUUAAAGGCCCGUUUGACGGACGAAAUGAGUCUUACACGAUCCACCCUCACAGAUAAAGGCUCAGAGGACAACAAGGACAAGAUCACCUGUGAACUAGAGGUUCUCCUCAGAAUGAAAGAUAACGAGAUACAGUAUCUUCACAAGGAGAUCAGCUGCCUUAGGAAUGAGCUCCAAUUUCUAAACAUGGAAAAGCAGCUGGCCUGUGAGCGGUAUGCAGAGGUGCACGGAGAGCUGAACGGGAUGAAAGGUCGGAAUGAGCGCGAGAUUCAGAGUCUGAAGGAGCACUUGAGGUUGGCCAUGGCUGCUCUGCAAGAGGGACAGAAGCUGGGGAACAGCCUGGACCACUGACCCACUGCUGCUGCUGCUGUGGCAUGGACAAGGAUGGGCAUGGGCUGACGUUGAGGCAGGGGAAGUGCUUGGGGCUAAACCGUUAUUAAGGCAUAGAGAUUUGGAAAAGCAGGUGUCUUUUUUUUUUUCAACCUUUCUUUGUUCCCAGAGGUUUGGUUUUCAGUCUGUAUGAUGACUGGAUCAAAAGGAAAUACUUGUAUAGGACCUUUUACUGCUGGGUCAGAACUGUAACAGGUCUUUCAGCCAAUUUGCCAACAAGCCAUUUGUCAGUUUCAUUACACUGGGCCUUACAUUGUAUGUUAAAGUGCACUUUUUACUUUUUGUUUUGCUUUUGAGAGUUCAAGCUUGUAAUGAUAUUCUUUUGGUCUUAAAACUGGAAUAUUUGAGUUUUUAGUAUCAGGCCUUGUAGAUCAAGUUUCUACUGUCUGAACUUCAUUUUGAAGCGGGGGUCAGAAGACUUUCUUUAUACAGGUUUUCUGUUGAUUUUGUUAAAGUAUCACACUUUCUCAAGAAAUUGGAGCUUUGUAUUUACUGUUAUUAUUCUUAUUGCAUCUGCAAACGGUUGUACCUGUGUUUUUGUUUUUUUAUAAAUGCAAAUUUAUGAAAAAUACUUUGGGAUUCUGAUAAAACGGAACCGUUUCAAAUGUCUUGCAGACUCGAUGUGGAAGUGUGAUCUGGAUGUCGAAGAACAGGUUCUGGCUUCUUCGAAGUAUAAUUGACUUGUAAACACAGCUGAAUGAUUGUUUCUCCACACAACACGUCCAGAUGUUUAUAAGCCAUGGUGGAGAAUUCCCAGGCUUCCUGAUUCCACUGAUCACUUAUUGUCAUACUCUGUUUGUCACCACCACAACACAUGGCAGGUGUUGCAUCAAUGAGCCAUUUUUUAUAUAUAUUUUUCUUGUUGAAAAGAACUAUUGUGAAAAGAGUAACUACCUUUUGAAAGCAUUUAUAUAUUUAAAGCCUCUAAGGUUUUUCUAAAUUAUGCUCGUUUUUGCAAUCAAUAAAGUUACUUCAUUACGAACCUA